AUGAGCACCAGCCCGCAAGAGCCAUGGAGGCUCUAUGUCGAACCCGGAAGGCGAUCAGUAUCCCUUAGCUCCUCUCCUUCGUACCAACACUCAUUUGGGCCCCAUUCUGAAAACGAGCCCAACAACCAGCCGCCAGCUUUCAUACCUCUUCAGAGAUCCAAUUCUCACCAUUCUUUUGGCGACCCGACCCCUGUUUUUCAAAGCCGAUUUAACCCGGCUAACCUUCUGCCAGAACCCGUGGGUUUUAACCCACUUGGACCGGAAGACCACUUCUCCGGGGAUAACGAUAUGGACGAGGAUACUGACCCUAUGGAGCCUGCUACGGGGACGCCCAACCACCCAAUAGAGAUCUCUGACGGAUCAUCUUUUCACGGAUCGCCUUAUCGCGGUCCAGACAGCUACGAGGAGAGAUUCCGGAACAUUGACUGGUACUUCACACCGUCUGAACACUCCCAUCAUCAGCAGCAACAGGAUCCUUCGGUUGGUCAACAAUUUGUGGCAGUCACGCCGCCGCCACCACCGCCAGUGGAACAGCAGCUGCCUCCGGAGCCACCGAGUACUCCCCAGCCAUCAAGUGGCGGCCAUUAUCCGCCACUUCAGGAGGAAGAGGACCCAUAUAAUGGUGGUCCGUCAAGCCCUAUACCAGAUGUUAAUUCAGUACCUGUGGUACCACCUUUGGGUUUCGAUAACCCGAUUCCUGCGUAUGCUGGGUCAGCGGCAUACAACCCAUUCGAGCAGCCAACGCACACCCACUACAACUACCACUAUGGUUAUGCGGAGGUAGAUCCGUACCAAGUAGCUCGGGACUACAAUGCCCUUCAUCCUGAAGGACCAUAUGGAGGGCCAUGGACUACUGGUUACCCGACUUAUGGGUACCAGCAUCAGCCACCUCCUCCACCGGUGUAUCAGCCGCCACAGCCACAGAUUCAGCAGGAAGUCCUCGAGAGGCUAAACCAAGUUGAACAAGAAGUUCGUGAAGACCGCAGAGAGCGGCAAGGUUUCUUCAAAGGGCUGUCAGACUUGCUUAAGGGGAAGUCGAAGAGGAGGGGUCAUUGA